AUGAAACGGGAAUAUGGGAGAUUAGACCAUGACUUUGGCCGUCUGCGUUGGUCAGUGCUUCUAGAAUCAUCAGCCCAUGAGUGUAUUUGCAGCUGUAACAAAGGAGAGGAAGAAAGGUUGAGUUGUGGACGCCGCUCGGAAGCCCGAAGAACGGAAAACGGGACGGACGGAAUGGGGCAGAGAAGGCAAUUGGCAACCCAGAUGCCAGAGUGUACACCAGAGAGAAAAGGAGGCAUGCAUCCCUUGAUCAGCUCGGACCCUGUCUUGUUUCUGCCAUCGCAUGCCAGUCCAAGUUAUCCAGGGCAAGGUUGA